UUUGUUUGUUUGUUUGUUUGUUUUGGGGGUUUUUUUUGGAAGAUCUUGUUUACCAAAAUUCCUGGAUAUUAAAUAGAUUUUUCUUUAAAAAAAAUAAAAAAGGACCCCUGGUGUGUGUGCGUGCGUAUUUUCCCCACUCUCUUCUACAGUCUAGUUGUCAUUUUACCAUCUUAUACAAAAACAAGCAUCUGGUUUAUUUAUUUAUUUAUUUAUUUAUUUAUUUAUUUAUUUAUUUAUUUUUUGGCAGAAUUAUAGAGAGGCAUUUGGAAACACCACCUCUCGGGGUGAACUGGAAUGCACUUGUCGCGUAAACUGAUAUUUCGGUCAUCCACACACGCACCGGCAUCAGUAAACACACACACACACGCGCGCACACAUAGAGAAAGAGAGAGAGAGAGAGAGGGAGGGAGAGAGAGAGGGGGAGAGAGAGAGAAAGAGAGACGCACAAACCAGAUCCGCUCGGUAACUUUGUGAGUACAACUUUUUGGAGUCAACAGCGAUAAAGAGAGUGAGGGGGCGGAACCCUGCUGAGCCCCUGCGCUGAACGACAGCCAAUCGCUUCGUUCUCCUAACUGCCAGUCACCGAAAUCCGUCCAAUACCCGCAGUGCCAUUUCUAAACUGUAUUCCCCACUGUGUCCUCCAACUGUUGUAUGUUCUGCCAAUCGCUUGAGGACAGAGUGGGGAAAGGAGCAAGCAGAGUUAGAAGCCGGACAAAAGAACUUAUAGAACCCUUAUGUACAUGUUUUCCUCAUGUUUUAGAGCGCAAAAGCAGCUGCGGUGAGCGCGGAUGGACUUGUGUGUGUAAGUUAUGGAACCCCCUUUAAGCAAGAGGAACCCGGCGAUAAGAUUAGCGGAUUUGGCAGCAACUCAGCCCCUUCCUCAUCAGAAUAUGACAGGCUUCCCGGGGCUAGGGGGGCAUCACCCUCUCUCCCACCAUGCCCACCUCCACCCUGGGGAGCUGGGCAACGACCCCGGAGUGGCACUCACUCCAUUUGGACCCGAGCACAUGGCACAGACAAAUGCUCUCAAACUUAGCCCGUCUCAGCACAUUCAGAGCCAUCCCGAAGCCCAGACCGCGGCAUCUUUUACUCCCGCUCAGACCACAGUGGGUUUCCCCGUGGCUCACCCCCACUCAGGCUACUCAAGCAGCAGGGACUUCAUCCUCAGGAGAGAACUCUCAGCCUCUGCUAUGCAUGCACUUGGCGACCAGCAUAGUUCCGCCUCCUCCCCUCAUCACCAUGGCAUGUUCAUCUCGCCAACAGGUGCUUACGGGCACGCGGAAAGUGGGGCCCAUUCACUUUUCACUGGACUCCACGAGCAGGCGUCCCCGGGCGCCCACCACCACCAUGCCCUCAACGGGCAGAUGCGCCUGGGUCUACCGGGGGACAUCUACGGCAGGCCGGAGCACUUCGGGCACAGGCCGGAGCACUACGGCGCGUCCUCCCUGCACAGCUACAACUCCAUGAACCUCAACGUCAACAUCGCCGCCGCCGCAGCCGCUCCUCACGGAGCCGCGGGGGCGUUUCUGAGAUACAUGCGGCAGCCCAUCAAGCAGGAGCUCAUCUGCAAGUGGAUCGACCAGGAGCAGAGCCAGAAGAAGCCCUGCUCGAAGACCUACAGCACCAUGCACGAGCUGGUCAACCACGUCACGGUGGAGCACGUCGGCGGACCCGAGCAGAGCACGCACGUCUGCUUCUGGGAGGAAUGUCCGCGGGAGGGGAAGGCUUUCAAGGCGAAGUACAAACUGAUCAACCACAUCCGAGUUCACACCGGGGAGAAGCCGUUCCCUUGUCCGUUCCCAGGAUGCGGGAAGGUGUUCGCCAGGUCGGAGAACCUCAAGAUCCACAAGAGAACGCACACAGGAGAGAAACCCUUCAAGUGCGAGUUUGACGGCUGCGAUAGAAAGUUCGCCAACAGCAGCGACCGCAAGAAGCACUCUCACGUCCACACGAGUGACAAGCCCUACUACUGCAAGGUGCGGGGCUGCGACAAGUCCUACACGCACCCGAGCUCCCUGCGGAAGCACAUGAAGGUGCACUGCAAGUCCCCGCCGCCGCCCCCCUCCUCCACCAACGUCGCCUACAUCUCCUCCACGAACACCCUGGUGGCCGACCACAAUCUCUCGCCGGGCUCCGAGGCGCACCGGAACCGCUCGGCGAACCUCUCGCCGCAGGUCACCAACCUGAACGAGUGGUACGUGUGCCAGGGGAGCGGGGGUCCCAACCACCUGCACACGCCGUCCAGCGACGUGCCGACGUCGGAUUCGGAGGACGAGGACACUUUCAGGGGCUCAGACCCAAGGACGAUGCUCUGAUUGCCUGUUUACAAGCCGGACCAGACUAUAAUCAACUCGGCAUUGAGUUGACCCCUUUAUAAGUACUGGCCACCGACAAAUGCAGCUCAACGUUGAAACAGUACAGACUGCAAUGCAGGUUGCCAGGAAGAGAGAGAGGAUGACCCCCCUGACUAUAUAUAUAUAUAUAUAUAUAUAUAUAUAUAU